GUGUACCUGCCUACCUAGGUGAUUAUCGGACCCGCGACGGGUUCAUCGAUUUUGGCCAGCGCGUCCGUUGCUAUCUUAGUUCCACGGGUUCCACACCUGGUGCUUAGUUGCUUGGUGCAGCCAGCCCGCCCCUCCAAACCCCAGAUCCCACCUUGGUAGGCCCCGUCCCAGAACUGGAGCUGAGCCCAAGGGCGGGAGCAUCCAUUGCCCAUUCCCAUGCCGCCUACCUACCGUACUGGAAUUCCAUGCCAGCUCCAAACCUGAGUCCAACCUAACCUACCUUACCUUACUUGAUCUAACCCCCACUCCGCAACCUUGAAGUUUCCAAGGCCGCCCGGAACGCUCCCCAUGGUUCCUGUUCUACCGUCACGAUAAUGGACGACGCCCGUACGCCCACGGAGAAAGCGAAUCCCGGCGGUGCAAGCAUCGCCAGCGCUUCGGCUGCCCCCAUCUCCGCAGGCGGAGAGAAUGCCAAUGGCCCGCAGCAGCUGCGACAUGGUCACGAGCUGCCCUUUGUCGCGCCCUCUUCCUACCUUCGCCCUAAACCCACCAGUCGCACAAUGCCUGAGAAGACAGCCAGCAGUCCCCUCGACAAAGAGCAGAUGCAAGGUCUGAGAGGCAUCCGCGAGUUUCUCAAAGUCCGCACCAGCUACGAUGUCCUCCCGCUCUCGUUCCGCCUCGUGGUGCUCGAUAACGACCUGCUCAUCAAGAAGAGCCUGAACAUACUCCUCCAGAAUGGCAUCGUCUCGGCGCCCCUCUGGGACUCGCGCAACUCGGCAUUUGCCGGCCUCCUGACCAGCACUGACUACAUCAAUGUCAUCCAGUACUACUGCCAGUUCCCCGAGGAGAUCGACCAGGUUGAUAAGUUCCGCCUCAGCAGUCUCCGAGAGAUUGAACGGCGUAUUGGCGUCGUGCCGCUUGAGACGGUGUCGGUCCAUCCCAUGCGCCCCCUUUAUGAGGCGUGCCGCCGCAUGCUCAGGACGAGAGCCCGCAGGAUUCCUCUCGUCGACACGGACGAUGAGACGGGUCGCGAGACGGUUGUGAGCGUCAUCACGCAGUACCGCAUCCUCAAGUUCAUCGCCGUGAACAACGAGCAGCACACGAUGCUCCUGAAGAAGCCCGUGCGUGAUAUCGGCCUCGGCACUUAUUCCAGCCUGGCCACAGCUACCAUGGGCAGUUCCGUCUUGGAUGUCAUCGACCUCAUGGUCAAGCACAACAUCUCGGCCGUGCCCAUUGUGGACCAGAACUUCAAGCUCCUGAACGUAUUUGAAGCUGUUGAUGUCAUCCCCUGCAUCAAGGGUGGGGCUUACGAGGAGCUGGCUUCGACUGUGGGCGACGCCCUAUCGAGGCGUGCCGACGACUUUGGGGGCAUCUACAUAUGUGGCGAAGAUGACCGGCUGGAUUCAAUCUUCGAUACCAUCCGGAAGUCGCGCGUGCAUAGGCUGGUCGUGGUUGACGACGACAGCCGUCUCAAGGGCAUCAUCUCGCUCUCUGACAUCCUCAAGUACGUGCUACUCUUUGGCGAAGAAGAGGACGACAUCCGCCAAGUUGGUACGAUGAUCUAG